UCUGGAAGACUCCAUCAGCAGCAGAGGACUAGAAGGAGAGACUGUAACCAGAAGCUGUGGCUCUCCUACCUAACUGGUCAGCACCAUGAUGCAGCCUCAAGUCUUCAUUUCUGGCCUCAUACUUCUUCUCCCAGGUGCUGUGGAUUCUUAUGAAGUAGUGAAGGGGGUAGUGGGUCACCCUGUCACACUGCCGUGUACUUACUCAACACGUGGUGGAAUCUUUACCACAUGCUGGGGCCAAGGGGCAUGCCCGUCUUCUCAUUGUACCAACACACUUAUCUGGACCAAUGGAUACCGCGUCACCUAUCAGAGGAGCAGCAGAUACCAGCUAAAGGGGAAUAUUUCAGGAGGAAACGUGUCCUUGACAAUAGAGAAUGCUGUCCCGAGUGACAGUGGUCUGUAUUGUUGUCGCGUGGAGGUUCAUGGAUGGUUCAAUGAUCUCAAAGUGACCUUUUCAUUGGAAGUUAAACCAGAAAUUCCCAUAAGUCCUCCAACAAGACCCACAACUACAAGGAGACCCACAAUUACAGGGAGACCCACAACUACAGGAAGACCCACAGCUGCAGGAAGACCCACAACUACAAGGAGACCCACAACUAUAACAAGAUCCACAACUACAGAGAGACCCACAACUACAGGAAGACCCACAACUGCAGGAAGACCCACAACUACAGGGAGACCCACGACUCUGUCAACAGGACUCACACGUGUGCCAGCAUCACCCAGAGUCUCUACCUUUGCUCCAACAACACUAGCGCACACGCAGACUCACAUGUCAGAACCCACUACAUCUUACCCAAGUCAGACUACAGCUGAGGUGACAGAAACUUCAUCCUACACCCCUGCAGAUUGGAAUAACACUGUGACAUCCUCAGAAGACUCUUGGAAUAAUUAUACUGAAUCAAUCCCUUCAGGGAUGGCACAUAACACGACGAAGGAUUUCUUUAUCAACAUCCCCAUCACUGUUCUGCUGUUGCUGCUGCUUGUGUGCACCACAGUUAUCACUAGGUACAUCCUUAUGAAAAAGAAGUCGAGGUCUCUACGCUUGGUGGCAUUUCGUGUCUCGAAGAUUGGAGCUUUGCAAAACACAGCGAUUGUGUGGCCCUGAGGUGAAGACAACAUCUACAUUAUUGAAGACGGUUCUUAUUCCUACUGAAUGAGCCCCAGUGGUCCUCUGAGGAGUCCUCUGCCUGAGACUGCAAAGACAGCAACUGGAUUUGACAGCACAAACAGCCUUUCCAGCUGCAGGGCUAUGUUCUGUGUCCGUUCAUCCAGCAGUGGUGGAGAGGGUGACCCUCCGCUGUUAAUACACAAACUCACAGUUCAUAUCAUGCUAAUUCUUAUAUCAACACUGCCUCAGUCUCUCCACUCCAGAACAUUCUCUCAAACAAAUAUUUUAGAGUUUUGAGUUUCCUUUAGUCAUUAUAGUCAUUGGUAGUACAGGAAAUACUCCUGCCUCGAUUAUUAAAACCAUUAAGAGGAAUAGGAUUGAAAGAUUUAAAAAAAAAAAAAAAAGAGAGAGAGUGUGGGUGGGAGGAAUAUACUAAAUUUAGAAAUAUUUCAUGUUCAUGUUUUAUCUCAUAUCAUAAUUUGAAAUGUCACUUUCCCUAUUCUUCUCAAGAGGUAAAAAUCAUGGGAACAUGCAGGUUUUAAUUUCCCUCAUAAACAAAUAGUAGAAGGAGAUCUAAUAUUACCAUUAGAGUUAGUUGUGCUUUCUCAUAGCUCUGGAAAUAGGAUACAUUUAUUAUGGAAUUGAUCUUAGGAUAAGGAUCAUCAUGUCAGGAGAGGCUACCAUGGUGAGAAUGGACCAGGCAGACAUCAGGGAAGAAAAUAAUGGACCAACGGACUGAGGUCAUCAGUGCUGUUUCUCCCGCAGGCUGACUCGAUGCCCAGAGCUCCUAUUCUCACCACUGGGCUGUGAAUCAGGAGCUGGAAGGAGGCAAUGCAGAGAUGAAGGGGAAGGGGGAGCAGGACACAGGCUCUGCCUGAAAGAAGUCCUAGUCCAGGUGUGACAGA